AUGCGGCUGCUGCACAAAACAAUUGGUCUCUUCAUUUCCAUCCUCGGUGUCAUGGUGAUAGGAUCAUCAGAAACCGAGGACAGGAAAUAUCGGAUCGUCGAGGACGUCAAUCAUCGAAAUGAGGACAACAUCAGCAUCAGCAUCAACAUCAGUACCACCAGUACCACCAACGAUGGAAGUACUUCAAUAUCUCCAGAGUAUCGUUGUAACCGAUGCGUUGGAAAAGUUGAAAUUGAGGUCACUCCACACCCGAGUGAACUUCUCCAAAAUGCGAUAAUAAAAAUGGAUAGAGUUGAACUUAAUAUGUUUUCCAAUCGCAAAUGGACAAACAUCACUGCCACCACCAGAAACAUUUUCGAAGCAGUUAAAAUAGCGUCAACAACAACAGACGUACCUACAGCUACAUAUAGAGAAGAAAUAAUUACGCAGAAGCAUAACUUUUUAUCAGCAUCGGCGGAAAACCAAAAUUUACAGACCCUAAAUCCUUCAGAAGUGGAACAAGACAACAAAUACAGGGUAAAGCGGAGUGAUGGGAGCUUCCUUGAGUUUUCAAGACCGGAAAACCUUACUCAAGCAAUACCGGACACUAAAUCCCGAGUUGAUGAGUCGGUAGGAGAAGCUACGGACACAUUGAUUUCCGGUUCACUUCUCGACGCCGAAACAAUUCGAGAUGUCGACGAUCAACUCAAGGAUCUAACUAAAAAGCUUACGGCUCGGAACCAAUUAGAUGAUUCGGGAACGAAAGCCACAUCGACGCUUACGUCUACGGGAGCAAUCAAAGUGCUAAGUGCCAAACAGAUAUUGUCCGGCACUCUACACUCUGGAAACUCGGACCAUUCAAUCCACUCGAGACCCAACCGACUGGCAGAGUCCACCCUUGAGGCGCCAUUGAUCUUAGAGCCACAAGCACUGGGCGCAAGUAUGUGGGUUUCGAAGAACGCUUCUCAAGACGACGAUCCUGAUACUCCUUACUUGAAGAAAGACCAUUCCAAGCCGUCUAUCAACCUCGUUGACGGCAAGCCUAACAAAGUUUUCUACGAAAUCAAACCCUCGCUCAACACGGCCAUGGAUGAGGAUGAUGCACCCAGAACUUGGGCGCCAGUUUUUACUACCACUAAGCGCAGUUUUCUCGCCGGGUUCAAGAUUCCUAGUAUUCCUAGUUCUUUUGGGAAGUAUGGUCCGUAUUUUUUGGAUGAUGAUGAUGGCAGGAAUGUUACUGAGAGAAUUGGUAGCACUGUUUUGCUGGAUUGUCGCAUUGGACUGCUGGGAGACAAAAAGGUGACCUGGUUGCAGCAUGAUAAAGAUUCAAUCCGGCUUCUAACCGUAGGCAAUGUGCAGUACAGUGCAGAUGAAAGGAUCAGCUUGAAAUUUCAAUAUCCGGACAACUGGAGAUUACAGAUCACAUAUGCAACACUCCGAGAUAAUGGACUCUACAAGUGUCAAGUUGAGAUCGACUCAUCCCAUUCUCUUGUCAAAAGAUACAACGUUAUAAUUACAGGUUAGUUCAACUUGAUAUUAC